UCUUCAUUCUUCAACCACAAAACCAACCUAAAAACUUAUCUUUUGCAAAUCUUGUACUGUCUAAAAAACAGGCGUUUCUAGCAGCCAUGAUGAAAUCAUCAAACUCACCCCUCUACCUGCUAUCUUGCCUUCUAAUGUUACUGCUUCUCCCGGUGCCUUCCCUAUCAGCUGACCCUGAUUCGUUACAGGACUUUUGUGUUGCAGAUUUGAAUGCAUCCAUAUCAAUCAACGGAUUUCCUUGCAUACCUGCCUCAAAAGUUAAUGCAAGUGAUUUUUUCUUUGAUCUGAGCAAAGAGGGUGUCACUAACACAUCAAACUUAAACUUCAGUGUCACUCCUGCAAACGUCCUUGCAUUUCCUGCUGUUAACACUCUUGGGAUUUCAAUGAACCGUGUAGACUUUGGCCCUGGAGGACUUAAUCCACCACACACUCACCCUCGUGCAGCUGAGAUGGGUUUGGUUGUUGAAGGGAGCAUACUUGUGGGGUUUGUGACAACUUCCAAUGUGUAUUACUCUAAGGUUUUGACUGCUGGAGAGGUCUUUGUCAUUCCUACGGGACUUGUACACUUCCAAAAGAAUGUUGGAAACGGGAAAGGUAUUGUCUUCACUUCUUUCAAUAGUCAAAUGCCAGGGGUUGUGAUUUCCUCAAUAACUCUCUUUGGUUCACAACCCCCAAUGCCUAAUGAAGUGUUAACUCAGGCGUUCCAAGUAGACGAUGCUGUUGUCAAUAGCAUUAAAUCCAAAUUUGGUUCUUAAGCCAUGGCCUUCCUGAUAAGGUCCCUUUGAUUUGAAGAUUGUGUAAUAAUACUUUUGAGAUUACCUGCCUCCCUUUGUUGGGCUGUAUUAUUCAGGUUAUCAGUGUAUGUUGUUUUGAUUAUUGAUUGAUUUUAUAAAAAAUUGUAUCGUUAUUGAUUGAUUUUGUGAUA